CCAGGCUCCAGGCUCCGAGCCGUCAGCACAGAGCCCUAUGCAGGGCUCGAACUCACAGACCAUGAGAUCGUGACCUGAGCUGAAGUCAGACGCUCAACUGACUGAGCCACCCAGGCACCCCUGGAAGUUUGUACCUUUUGACCACCUUCACCCAUCUCACCCACCUUUAUCGUGUCUUUUUUUUUGACGCUUAAGUUAUUUAGAAGUGGACUCAUUAAUUUCAAGACACUUGGAUAUGUAUUAAAAUCACUUGAAUAUAUUUUAGUAUCUUUGCCAUUGAUUUUUAGUUUAAUCCAUUGUAUUCAGAGGAUAUACUCUGUGAUUUCAAAUCUUGGAAGUUUGUUGAUACUUUAUAGCCUAGCAUAUGGUUAAAUUUAAAAAAAAAAUCUGUUUUUUGUAUGUAUAUGCAUAUGUAUAUAUUUUUAAGUAAGCUCUGUGUCCAACGUGGGGCUUGAACUCACAACCCCGGGAUCAAGAGUCACAUGCUCUACUGACUGAGCCAGCCAGGUGCCCCUAGCAUAUGUUCAGUUUUGAUAAGAUUUUAUAACACUUUUGAAGGAUGUAUAUUUUGCAGUUGUUGGUUGUAGGAUUCUAUAUUUGUCAGUUAAGUUUUUUAAUUGUGUUGUUCUUCAGUAUCUUUGAUUACCCUCCCCCCCCAACUUGUUCUGUCAGUUAGUAAAACAGGAAGAAAAUACCUUGCUACCAGAAUCUUAUAAAUCAAUAAGAAAAAGAUAUUUCAACGUCUUCUUUUUAAGGGUAGUAUAGUUGACAUACAAUAUUACAUUAGUUUCACAUAUGCAACAUAGUGAUUCAGUGUUCAUAUACAUUAUGAAAUGAUCAUGACAAUAAGUCUAGUUACUUUCUGUCACUAUACAAAGGAAUUACAGAUUAUUGAUUAUAUUCCCUCUGUUGUAGUCAAUAUAGAUUAUUGACUACAUCCCUGUGACCUAUAUAUUUUUGUAACUGGAAGUUUGUACCUCUUAAUCCUUGGCACUUAUUUCACCCCCCUCCCCCCACUCUCCCCUCUGGCCACCACCAGUUUGUUUUCUGCAUUUAAUUUAUGCGUUUGUUUCUGUUUUGUUUGUUUUGUUUCUUAGAUUCCACAUAUAAGUGAAAUCAUAAGGUAUUAGUCUUUCUCUGUCUGACUUAUUUCACUUACCAUAAUGCCUGCUAGGUUAGUUCACCCAUGUCAUUGCAAAUGCCAAGAUUUCAUUCUUUUUUAUGGCUGAGUAAUACUCCAUUGCCUGUGUAUACCACAUUUUCUUUACCCAUUCAUCUAUUGAUGGAUACUUAGUUGUUUCCUUAUUUCAUUGUAAAUAACUCUGCAGUGAACAUAAGGGUACAUAUAUUUUUAAAAUAUAAAUAAAUAUAUUAGUGUUUUGUUUUCUUUGGAGAAAUACCCAGAGGUGGAAUUGCUGGGUUGUAUGGUAGUUCUAUUACUAAUUUUUUGAGGAAGCUCCACACUGUUUUUCCAUUUUCCAUUCCUGCCAACAGCGCACAAGGGUUCCCUUUUCUCUGCAUCCUUGUCAACACUUGUUAUUUCUUGUCUUUUUAAUAAAAGCCAUUCUGACAGAUGUGAGGUGAUAAUCUCAGUGUGGUUUUGAUUUGCAUUUCCCUGAUGAUUAGUGAUGUUGAGCUUCUUUUCAUAUCUGUUGGCCAUCUGCAGGUCUUCUUUGGAAAAAUGUCUAUUUCAUAUCCUCUUCCCAUUUUUUAAUCAGAUUGUUUGGGGUUUUUUUGGUGUUGAGUUGUACAAUUUCUUAUUUUUUAAUUUUACUUUUAUUUUUGAAAGAGAGAGAGAGAGAAUGAGCAGAGGAGGAGCAGAGAGAGGGAAACACAGAAUCCGGACCAGGCUCCAGGCUCUCAGCUGUCAGCACAGAGUCCCAUGCAGGGCUCAAACUCACAAGCCAUGAGAUAAUGACCUGAGCUGAAGUUGGGCACAUAACCCAACUGAGCCAUGCAGGCACCCCUGGUAUCUUUUAAAUUAAACAUACAUAUACUGUAUCAAUACGCAAGUCCACUCCUGGGUAUUUAACCGAAAGAAAUGAGUGCAUUUGUCACCAAAAACCAAGUAUAAGGACAAAUCUGGUGAAGAUUCAUAAACAACUCAAAUGUCCAUCAAUAAUAGAUUAGAUAAAUUAUGAGAUAGGCACCCAAUGGAAUACUACACAGCAAUGAAAAUGAACGAACUACUGCUAUGUCACAAUGAUGAAUUUUUAAAAAUUUAUUUUUAAUUUUUUUUUUAAUUUUAGAGAGAGAGCACGCAAGUUGGGGAGAGGGGCAGAGAGAGACUCUUAAGCAGGCUCCAUGCUCAGCACUGAGCCCAAUGCAGGGCUUGAUCCCAUGACCCUGGGAUCAUGACCAGAGCCAUUAAGGAAGCCUUCUGAGACUCUGGAAAUGUUCUGUAUCUUAAUGGGGUGGUUGGCUAUGCAGGUAUAUACAUAUGUGAAAUUAAUUGAGUCUAUACUUAAGAUUUUUGCACGUUAUUGUAUGAAGUUAUAUCUCAAAAAGUAAAUAAAACAGGGCUUCCAGCUAUAGCUGAGUAAGGAUCAAUAAAUCUUUAACCCAAAAAGCAACUGUAAGGCUUGGCAAAACCAUUUCAGUACCCUUGAAAUCAACCAAAAUACAUACAACAAUCUGAGAAAGAGUUGUUUGAAAAACUGCUGAAAUUCAGUAAGAACAGUAGGAGUCUAUGGUGUUCUUGCCUAAGACUCUUCUUGCUCCCUUCCCUAGGCUUGGGUGGUGUGGAGAUUUUUCCAGUGUGGGUAGGCCAUGAGACUGCCAGUUUUGAUGCUGAGAUUGAAGGAAGCUUACUCAUUUUUGAGUGGUGGAUGAUGCCCAUGGCCAUUGGUGUUGUCAGUGGAAAUGGUUCUCUUGGCAUUUGAUGUAUCGGGUGGACCAUUGGCUCUAAUAGACUGAAGUGUGUUUGUAGUUGGAACAAGCAUAUUGUUAGCUGAGGUUGCUUGUAUGCAUAGAGUAGACAUGAUAAGUCCCAAUAAGAAGUAAAAGCCAGAGCAGACUUGAAAAUGUCCUGAACUUUAAAUGUGCUAUCCUUCCCACACACAGACACAUGAACAGAAUCCAGAAGCCUUUAGUGGCUUUAAACAUAAUCAUUGCCUAAUCAUUGAGAGGCAUAUAAGCUAUGCAGAUACAGAGGUAACCACUUAGAAGGCAGGUUUCAACAUAAAAACAAGCAAUAGAGAGAAAAUGAGCUGAGACAUCAGUGGCUGCACACUUAGGGGUGGACAGAUUUCACAGAUUUAGCCGAGGCAAGUUAUUAAGCCAAGGAAGGAAGGGGCAUAGGGAAGGAGUAGUAGUAACAACAACAACCUUCAUAGGUAAAAGAAAUCAGAAUCUAGACUUGCUACAAUAAAUUACUUAAUAUGUUGAGUCUUCAACAAAAUCAUGAGACAUGAAAAGAAAUACGAAAGUGUGACCCAUAUUUAGGAAAAAAAGUCAAUAGAAACUGUCUCCAGGUGUUCUUAGAUGCUGGAUUUAGCAGACAAAAUCUUCAAAGCAACUAUCAUAAAUGUGUUCAAAGAACCAAAGGAAAACAUGUUUAAAUAAUUUUUUUAAAGUAUGACAACAGCAAAUCAAUAAAUAAAAUUCUCAAUAAGGAGAGAGAAAUUACAAAGAAAUAAUAUCAUAAAAAGGAUAUACAGAUGGCAGAAAAGGACAUGAAAAGAUGUUUAACAUAAUUAGCUAUUAGGAAUGUGCAGAUUAAAACAACAGUGAGAUAUUACUAUACACCUAUCAAAGUGCCUAAAAUAAAAACUAGUUAACACCAAAUGUUAACAAGAGUAUGGAAAAAUGGGAUCACUUGUACACAGUUGGUGGGAGUGUAAAAUGAUGCAACCACUCUGGAAAAUAAUUUGGAAAUUUCCCUUUAUUUUUUUUAAGAUUUUAUUUUUUUAAGUAAUAUCUGCACCUAACAUGGGACUUGAACUUACAACCCCAAGUUCAAGAGUCAAAUGUUCUACUGACCAAGCCAAACAGGUGCCCCUGAAAAUUUCUUAUAAAAUGAAGUAUUUACCAUAUUAUCCUGCAAUUCCACUCCUAGUUACAUACCUAUGAGAAAUGAAAGCCCAUCUCCAUAUAAAAAUUUGUGCGUUUAUGUUCACAGCAACAUUAUUCACAAUGGGCACGAAGUGGAAACAAUUCAAUAUCUAUCAACUGAUGAAUGGAAGAAUAAAAUGUGGUAUAUCCAUCCAAUGGAGAAUUAAUUGUCCAUAAAAAGAAAUUAAGUACUAAUACAUGCUACAACACUGAAAGCAUUAUACUAAGUGAAAGAAGCCAGUCACAGAAGACCACAUAUCCUGUCAUUCCAUUUAUGUGAAAUAACCAGAAUCUAUAAGGACAGAAAGUAGAUUAGAACCGGGGAGGGUUUUGGAGGAGAUAAGGAGUGACUGCUACUGGCUGUGGGGUUUCUUUUGGGGUAAUGAAAAUGUCCUAAAAUUGAUUGUGAUGACGGUUCAUAACUACAUGAAUAUAGUAAAAACCAUUGAAUUAUAUACUUUAAAUAGCUGAAAUAUGUGGCAUGUGAAUUAUAUCUCAAUAAAGUUAAAACAUUUCAAAGUAAGUUUAGCAAGGUCACAAGCUAUAUGAUCCAUAUACAAAAAUCAAUUGUAUUUGUAUAUACUAGGUAGCAAUGAACAAGCAAAAAACAAAAUUAAAUUAAUUCCAUUCACAGUGGUAUCAAAAAGAGCAAAAUAUUUAGGAAUAAAUUUAACAAAACCAGUGUAAGAUUUGAAUAUUAAAAAUUAUAAAACGUUGCUAAGAAAAACCAAAGAUGUAAAUAAAUGGAGAGAGAGUCCAUGUUCAGAGAUUAAGAGGAAUCAGUAUUGUCAAGAUGGCAAUUUUCCCUAAAUUGAUCUGUAAACUCAUAAUCCUUAUCAGAAUCCCAGCAGGCUUUUUAUUUUCCUUUCUUUUUAGAGUUUGAUGAGCUGAUCUAAAAUUUACAUGAGAACCUAAAGGACCUAGAAUAGACGAAACAAUUUUCAAAAAGGAGAGCAAAGUUGGAAGACUUGUAACUACCUGAUUUCAAAACUUAUUAUAAAACCAUAAUUUUCAAGGCCCUAUAGCAUUGCUGCAAAGAUAGGCAUAUAGAUCAGAAAAGCAGAAUUUAGAGCCCACAACUAAACCUUUAUAUAUAUAUAUGGUCAGUUGAUUUUCAAGAGAUCUAUCCUUGAUCCAAGAUUUCUCUGCCUGGAAAAGCCCCAGUGUAAAACAGUCUCUCGCAGUGUGUGCUGCAGUAGGACUGAGACUGCAUUGCAAUCAAGCCAGCUCAUGCAUCACUGUCUGCUGGAUAAACUGCUACGUCAUCCUGGGUGCUGGGCAUGUUACAAUGCUGGGAUCACUGUGGGCUUCUAGUUGGAUUUUGUGCCAGGUAUGUGUCUACUUUGGACACUCUCUAUUCAUGGUAGAUUAAAGUGGGGAUGCUUUGAAUUUGGAGGAAUGAAUGUGGCUUUUUUAUUUCUUGUGUUCUAAUAUUACAGAAGGAUUGUGAGCAGCAUCCAUAAAAGAUUAGAAACUCAAGCUUUGUUUUUGGAUCUGGGUGUGCUGUGUUUAGUGUUUGGCUGUUUUAGAAAGAUCCUUUGGUGAAAGAAGCACAGACUUGAUUACUGAGUGUACCUUUUUAGUAUAUUUUUUGAUACAAUUGAAUGAAAAAUAGCCUGUUUUAUUCUAUACCCAAGGCUUUACUUGUUUUUGAAUGUUGACCUUAUAUAACAAAGGCAGAGAAUGAUUGUCUUUCGGGACCUGCCUACAUCUGGAGACACUUAGAUAUGUGUAAAACCGAGCUGCUUCUACAGCUGUGGUCACUGUAAUUAUUCUGAAUAAAGACCUCAGUGCUCUAUUUUUGAGACAUGUUAUUCUGAAGAGUCAUAAAAAUAGGAGGGCUCCUUUGCAUCAGCUUGGGUCUUCAAAGGAAAAAGUAAACGACUAAACUUUAUUGGACAUUGGCAUAGCACGUAAGGAAUGAUGUGAAACGGCCUAGACCAGAAAACAACAAGGAUGUACGUUUUCUGUUAUGGCUGGUGGUCAUGUUGAGUGGCCUGGUUAAGUCUUUUCAGGUUGGGUCAUCUGAAUGGCCUGAAGAUCAGAAUUUGUUUGCCUUUAUCAUUUGUUUUCUAUUUGAUCAUUUAUCUUCUGUUUCUUUUCUUUUCUUUUUUUUAGUUUUUUUUUUUUAAUGUUUAUUUAUUUUUGAAGGAGAGAGAGAGACAGAGUUUGAGUGGUGGAGGGGCAGAGAGAGAGGGAGACACAGAAUCUGAAGCAGGCUCCAGGCUCUGAGCUGUCAGUACAGAGCCCAAAACGGGGCUUGAACUCACAAACUGUGAGAUCAUGACCUGAACCGAAGUCAGACGCUUAACCAACUGAGCCACCCAAAUGCCCCAUUUAUCUUCUAUAUCUGCUCCAGGUUAUUUGUGUAUUUGUUUGGAGAGUUUUCUGGAAGAUCAAUAGGUUCUCAGCAUAGUUGGCAACAGAUCAUUAACUAUUUCUAUCCAGCAUUUUGGUGGGAAAGAAUUUUUUUGUGGUACAUGAAUGAAGUUACCACAUGACUCUGGUGAAUUAUACUUUUCCUGAUGAUUUAUCAUAGGAAAUUCUGAUUUUGCAGAUUUUAGCUACUGGAGUCUCUCCCAUUACAAGGGAGCAAUAGCGUUGCAUCUGUUUUAUUAAAAGCUAAAGUAGGACUUUGUUACUAUAUAACAUUCAGACUAUUUUUUUUAAGAAAUCUAUCUCUGGCCGAUUUGCUUUUAUAGCAAUAUAUGUGUUCCAGUAGCCUUUCUAAGCAGGGUUUUUCUCUUCCCUGCUUAAUCUGGGUCAGACCUCUGUGUGUAAAAUAUUUGUCUGGGCCCCUUUUCCUUUCAAGAAUUUAUCCACAUCUUCUCUAUAUCCCAUUUGUCCUAGCUCCAUUCUUACUUUCAAGUUUGGGUGAAUAAAAUCUUAGAUUUUGUUGCUUUAUUUAAAAAAGGUUUUUUCAUGCAUGUAUCACUAGUUUGGCCUAAAAAUUAAAAUUGUGGCUCACACUUUAUUCAAAGUUCCUCGGUAGUGAUAUGUCUUGUCCUUUCUACUUGCUUUCUUUACCGCCUGACCUGCUUUUUCCCUUCUUGCAGUCUGAUAAUCAGUAUUAUUUGUUUGAUUGGAUCUCAGAAAUUACCCUACUUAGGCUGUGCUGUCCUCCUCCCUCUGGAUUUCAUGACCUCAUUAUUCUCUUGGCUCAGUUGUCCUUGUAGACUUGUCUUCUUUUUGCCCCGGGCCCUCCCUGUCAUGUGCUCCUGGCAGCCAGGAGAGUCUUGUGGAGCUUUUUCUCUGGUGACUGUCAGAAGAAAGUGACUGUUGUUGAAACAUGUUUGCUGCCGCUCAUGCAGAGCUAAGAUCUGUUUUCUAGUUAUACAGGCUUUUCUGUUUCUCCCCCUCUCCUCUUAGUCCCCUUGGGAAAUCAACCAAUUCUGUGUGUAAACCAAGUUUAGGGAGAAAAUACAAAAAGGAGGAAAGGUGGGGAAAUGUGGAAAUUGGGGACAAAGUAGACAAAAAGACUGUAGUUUGAGGCCAUCAGGAAUACUCUAGUCUGACUGAAGCAGGGCCAGGAAGUAGGCAGAAGGCACAGUAUCUCUUGUCCUCCUGGGUUUUAAGCACCUGCAACAGGAGGACGGACUGCAGCUUGUGUUUACAAGACCGAAACCUGAAGAAAAAGCUUCCAUUCCUUUGCCAUCUUGAUAUGCAGGGUUCUACAGAGGAAAUUAAGGAGAUGAGAUAUUACAUGCUUCAAAGGUCCAGCAUGUCUGGCUUGCAUCUAGUAAAGCAAGGUCGAGACCGAAAGAAAAUAGACUCACAGCGAGAUUUCACUGUAGCUUCACCAGCAGAAUUUGUUACGCGUUUUGGGGGGAAUAAAGUGAUUGAGAAGGUUCUUAUUGCCAACAAUGGCAUCGCAGCAGUGAAAUGCAUGCGGUCCAUCCGCCGAUGGUCUUAUGAGAUGUUUCGAAAUGAACGUGCAAUCCGAUUUGUUGUUAUGGUCACACCUGAAGACCUGAAAGCCAAUGCAGAAUACAUUAAGAUGGCAGAUCACUAUGUGCCGGUGCCAGGAGGACCAAACAACAACAACUAUGCAAACGUGGAAUUAAUUCUUGAUAUUGCUAAAAGGAUUCCAGUACAAGCAGUGUGGGCUGGCUGGGGUCAUGCUUCUGAGAAUCCCAAGCUCCCAGAACUUCUUUUGAAAAAUGGCAUCGCCUUCAUGGGUCCCCCAAGCCAGGCCAUGUGGGCUUUGGGGGAUAAGAUUGCAUCUUCCAUAGUGGCUCAAACUGCUGGUAUCCCAACUCUUCCCUGGAGUGGGAGUGGUCUUCGUGUGGACUGGCAGGAAAAUGAUUUUUCAAAACGUAUCUUAAAUGUUCCCCAGGAAUUAUAUCAAAAAGGUUAUGUGAAGGAUGUGGAUGAUGGGCUGAAGGCAGCAGAGGAAGUUGGAUAUCCAGUAAUGAUCAAGGCCUCAGAAGGAGGAGGAGGGAAAGGAAUCAGAAAAGUUAACAAUGCAGAUGACUUCCCUAACCUCUUCAGACAGGUUCAAGCUGAAGUCCCUGGAUCUCCUAUAUUUGUGAUGAGACUAGCCAAACAAUCCCGUCAUCUGGAGGUACAGAUUUUAGCAGAUCAGUACGGCAAUGCUAUCUCUCUGUUUGGUCGUGACUGCUCUGUGCAGCGCAGGCAUCAGAAGAUUAUUGAAGAAGCACCAGCUGCUAUUGCUACUCCAGCAGUAUUCGAACACAUGGAACAGUGUGCGGUGAAACUUGCCAAAAUGGUUGGUUAUGUGAGUGCAGGGACCGUCGAAUACCUCUACAGCCAGGAUGGAAGCUUCUACUUUCUGGAACUGAACCCUCGGCUACAGGUGGAGCACCCUUGUACAGAGAUGGUGGCUGAUGUCAACCUCCCUGCAGCGCAACUCCAGAUUGCCAUGGGGAUCCCUCUGUAUAGAAUCAAGGAUAUUCGUAUGAUGUAUGGAGUAUCUCCCUGGGGUGAUGCUCCCAUUGAUUUUGAAAAUUCUGCUCAUGUUCCUUGCCCAAGGGGCCAUGUUAUUGCUGCUCGGAUCACUAGUGAAAAUCCAGAUGAGGGUUUUAAGCCCAGCUCAGGAACAGUUCAGGAACUGAAUUUCCGUAGCAAUAAGAAUGUUUGGGGUUAUUUCAGUGUUGCUGCUGCAGGGGGCCUUCACGAAUUUGCUGAUUCUCAGUUUGGUCACUGCUUCUCCUGGGGAGAAAACAGAGAGGAAGCAAUUUCAAACAUGGUGGUGGCUUUGAAGGAGCUAUCUAUUCGGGGUGACUUUCGAACUACAGUUGAAUACCUCAUCAAAUUGCUGGAGACCGAGAGUUUUCAGCUGAAUAGAAUUGACACUGGCUGGCUAGACAGACUGAUAGCAGAAAAAGUACAGGCAGAGCGACCUGAUACCAUGUUGGGAGUUGUGUGUGGGGCUCUCCACGUGGCGGAUGUGAGCCUACGGAAUAGCAUCUCUAACUUCCUUCAUUCCUUAGAAAGGGGUCAAGUUCUUCCUGCUCAUACGCUUCUGAAUACAGUAGAUGUUGAACUUAUCUAUGAGGGAGUCAAAUAUGUACUUAAGGUGACUCGACAGUCCCCCAACUCGUAUGUGGUGAUCAUGAACGGCUCAUGUGUAGAAGUAGAUGUGCAUCGGCUGAGUGAUGGAGGGCUGCUCCUAUCCUAUGAUGGCAGCAGUUAUACCACAUACAUGAAGGAGGAAGUGGAUAGAUAUCGUAUCACAAUUGGCAAUAAGACCUGUGUGUUUGAGAAGGAAAAUGACCCUUCAGUGAUGCGCUCACCUUCUGCUGGGAAGUUAAUCCAGUAUAUUGUGGAGGAUGGAGGCCAUGUGUUUUCUGGCCAGUGCUAUGCUGAGAUUGAGGUGAUGAAGAUGGUAAUGACCUUAACAGCAGCAGAGUCUGGUUGUAUCCAUUAUGUCAAACGGCCUGGAGCAGCUCUUGACCCUGGCUGUGUGAUAGCCAAAAUGCAGUUAGACAACCCCAGCAAGGUCCAACAGGCUGAGCUUCACACAGGUAGUCUGCCACGGAUCCAGAGCACAGCACUGAGAGGCGAGAAGCUCCAUCGAGUGUUCCAUUAUGUCCUGGAUAAUCUGGUCAACGUAAUGAAUGGAUACUGCCUUCCAGAUCCUUUUUUUAGUAGCAGGGUAAAAGACUGGGUAGAGCGGUUGAUGAAGACCCUCAGAGAUCCCUCCUUGCCUCUCCUAGAAUUGCAAGAUAUCAUGACCAGUGUCUCUGGCCGUAUUCCCCCGAAUGUGGAGAAGUCUAUCAAGAAGGAAAUGGCUCAGUAUGCCAGCAACAUCACAUCAGUCCUCUGUCAGUUUCCCAGCCAGCAGAUUGCCAACAUCCUAGAUAGCCAUGCAGCUACAUUGAACCGGAAAUCUGAACGGGAAGUUUUCUUCAUGAACACUCAGAGCAUUGUCCAGCUGGUACAGAGGUACCGAAGUGGCAUCCGAGGCCACAUGAAGGCUGUUGUGAUGGAUCUGCUACGGCAGUACCUGCGAGUAGAGACACAGUUCCAGAAUGGUCACUAUGACAAAUGUGUGUUUGCCCUUCGAGAAGAGAACAAGAGUGACAUGAACACUGUGCUAAACUAUAUCUUCUCUCAUGCUCAAGUCACCAAGAAGAAUCUUCUGGUCACAAUGCUUAUUGAUCAGUUGUGUGGUCGGGACCCUACUCUCACUGAUGAGCUGCUGAAUAUCCUCACAGAGCUAACUCAACUCAGUAAGACCACCAAUGCCAAAGUGGCACUUCGAGCACGCCAGGUUCUUAUUGCCUCCCAUUUGCCAUCAUAUGAGCUUCGCCAUAACCAAGUAGAGUCUAUCUUCCUUUCAGCUAUUGACAUGUAUGGACAUCAGUUUUGCAUUGAGAACCUGCAGAAACUCAUCUUGUCUGAAACAUCUAUUUUUGAUGUCCUACCAAACUUCUUCUAUCACAGUAACCAGGUAGUGAGGAUGGCAGCUCUGGAGGUUUAUGUUCGAAGGGCUUACAUUGCCUAUGAACUUAACAGCGUCCAACAUCGCCAGCUUAAGGACAAUACCUGCGUGGUGGAAUUCCAGUUCAUGCUGCCCACAUCGCAUCCAAACAGAGGGAACAUCCCCACGCUAAACAGAAUGUCCUUCUCCUCCAACCUCAACCACUAUGGCAUGACUCACGUAGCUAGUGUCAGCGAUGUGCUGUUGGACAACUCAUUCACUCCACCGUGUCAGCGGAUGGGCGGAAUGGUCUCUUUUCGGACUUUCGAAGAUUUUGUCAGGAUCUUUGAUGAAGUGAUGGGCUGCUUCUGUGACUCCCCACCCCAAAGCCCCACGUUCCCUGAGGCAGGUCACACAUCUCUGUAUGAUGAAGACAAGUUACAGGUCCCCAGGGAUGAACCAAUUCACAUUCUGAAUGUGGCUAUCAAGACUGACUGUGAUAUUGAGGAUGACAGACUGGCAGCUAUGUUCAGAGAGUUUACCCAACAAAAUAAAGCUACCCUGGUUGAGCAUGGGAUACGGCGCCUUACUUUCCUGGUCGCACAAAAGGAUUUCAGAAAACAGGUCAACUGUGAGGUGGAUCAGAGAUUUCAUAGAGAAUUUCCUAAAUUUUUCACGUUCCGAGCAAGGGAUAAGUUUGAGGAGGAUCGUAUCUAUCGUCACCUGGAGCCUGCCCUAGCUUUCCAGUUAGAACUGAACCGGAUGAGAAAUUUUGACCUUACUGCCAUUCCAUGUGCUAAUCAUAAGAUGCACUUGUAUCUUGGGGCAGCCAAGGUGGAAGUGGGCACUGAAGUGACAGACUAUAGGUUCUUUGUUCGUGCAAUCAUCAGACAUUCUGAUCUGGUCACCAAGGAAGCUUCUUUUGAAUAUCUACAAAAUGAAGGGGAGCGGCUGCUCCUGGAGGCCAUGGAUGAAUUGGAAGUUGCUUUUAAUAAUACAAAUGUUCGCACUGACUGCAACCACAUCUUCCUCAACUUUGUGCCCACAGUCAUUAUGGACCCAUCAAAGAUUGAGGAAUCUGUGCGGAGCAUGGUAAUGCGCUAUGGAAGUCGGCUGUGGAAAUUACGUGUCCUCCAGGCAGAACUGAAAAUCAACAUUCGCCUGACACCAACUGGAAAAGCAAUUCCCAUCCGCCUCUUCCUGACAAAUGAGUCCGGCUAUUACUUGGACAUCAGCUUGUACAAGGAAGUGACUGACUCCAGGACAGCACAGAUCAUGUUUCAGGCAUAUGGAGACAAACAGGGACCAUUGCAUGGAAUGUUAAUCAACACUCCAUAUGUCACCAAAGACCUACUUCAAUCAAAGAGAUUCCAGGCACAAUCCUUGGGGACAACAUACAUAUAUGAUAUCCCAGAGAUGUUUCGGCAGUCUCUGAUCAAACUCUGGGAGUCUAUGUCCACUCAAGCAUUCCUUCCAUCACCCCCCCUGCCUUCUGACAUGCUGACGUAUACUGAGCUUGUGUUGGAUGAUCAGGGUCAGCUGGUCCACAUGAACAGGCUUCCAGGAGGAAAUGAGAUUGGCAUGGUAGCUUGGAAAAUGACCCUUAAAAGUCCUGAAUAUCCAGAAGGCCGAGAUAUCAUUGUUAUUGGCAAUGACAUCACAUACCUAAUUGGGUCCUUUGGGCCCCAGGAGGAUUUGCUGUUUCUCAGAGCUUCUGAGCUUGCCAGGGCAGAGGGUAUCCCACGCAUCUUUGUCGCAGCCAACAGCGGAGCACGAAUUGGACUGGCAGAGGAAAUUCGUCAUAUGUUUCACGUGGCCUGGGUAGAUCCUGAGGAUCCUUACAAGGGAUACAAAUACUUAUAUCUGACCCCUCAGGAUUAUAAGAGGGUCAGUGCUCUCAACUCUGUCCACUGUGAACAUGUAGAAGAUGAAGGAGAAUCCAGGUACAAGAUAACUGAUAUUAUUGGGAAGGAAGAGGGACUUGGAGCAGAGAACCUUCGAGGCUCUGGAAUGAUUGCUGGAGAAUCCUCAUUGGCCUAUAAUGAGAUUAUCACCAUCAGCUUGGUUACAUGCCGGGCUAUUGGGAUUGGAGCUUACCUUGUCCGGCUGGGACAGAGAACCAUCCAGGUUGAAAAUUCUCACUUAAUUCUGACCGGAGCUGGAGCUCUCAACAAAGUCCUUGGGCGGGAAGUAUACACCUCCAAUAACCAGCUUGGGGGCAUCCAGAUCAUGCACAACAAUGGGGUGACCCACAGCAUCGUUUGUGAUGACUUUGAAGGGGUUUUCACUGUCCUACACUGGCUGUCUUACAUGCCUAAGAAUGUGCACAGUUUAGUACCUCUCCUGAACUCCAAGGAUCCUAUAGAUAGAAUCAUCGAAUUUGUUCCUACGAAGGCCCCCUAUGAUCCUCGAUGGAUGCUAGCAGGCCGUCCUCACCCAACCCAGAAAGGUCAGUGGUUGAGUGGAUUCUUUGACUAUGGAUCUUUCUCUGAAAUCAUGCAACCCUGGGCACAGACUGUGGUGGUUGGCAGAGCCAGGCUAGGAGGAAUACCUGUAGGAGUAGUUGCUGUAGAAACCCGAACAGUGGAACUAAGUAUCCCAGCCGACCCUGCAAACCUGGAUUCUGAAGCCAAGAUAAUCCAGCAGGCUGGCCAGGUUUGGUUUCCAGAUUCUGCGUUUAAGACCUAUCAGGCUAUCAAGGACUUCAACCGCGAAGGGCUGCCUCUGAUGGUCUUUGCCAACUGGAGAGGCUUCUCCGGUGGGAUGAAAGAUAUGUACGACCAGGUGCUGAAGUUUGGUGCAUACAUCGUGGAUAGCUUACGGGAGUGCUCCCAGCCUGUGCUGGUUUACAUUCCUCCUCAAGCUGAGCUCCGGGGUGGCUCCUGGGUUGUGAUUGACCCCACCAUCAACCCCCGGCACAUGGAGAUGUACGCUGACCGAGAAAGCAGGGGAUCAGUUCUGGAGCCAGAAGGGACAGUAGAAAUCAAAUUCCGCAGAAAAGAUCUGGUGAAAACCAUGCGUCGGGUGGACCCAGUCUACAUUCGCUUGGCUGAACGAUUGGGCACCCCAGAGCUAAGCGCAGCUGAGCGGAAGGAGCUGGAGAACAAGUUGAAGGAGCGGGAGGAAUUCCUAAUUCCCAUUUACCAUCAGGUAGCCGUGCAGUUUGCUGACUUGCACGACACACCAGGCCGGAUGCAGGAGAAGGGUGUUAUUAACGACAUCCUGGAUUGGAAAACAUCCCGUACCUUCUUCUACUGGCGGCUGAGGCGUCUCCUGCUGGAGGACCUGGUCAAAAAGAAAAUCCACAAUGCCAACCCAGAGCUCACUGACGGUCAGAUCCAGGCCAUGUUAAGGCGCUGGUUUGUAGAAGUGGAAGGAACCGUGAAGGCCUAUGUUUGGGACAAUAACAAGGAUCUAGUGGAGUGGCUGGAGAAACAGCUGACCGAGGAAGAUGGUGUUCGCUCAGUAAUCGAGGAAAAUAUCAAAUACAUCAGCAGAGACUAUGUCCUCAAGCAGAUCCGCAGCUUGGUACAGGCCAAUCCCGAGGUUGCCAUGGAUUCCAUCGUCCAUAUGACCCAGCACAUCUCACCCACUCAGCGAGCAGAAGUCGUACGGAUCCUCUCCACGAUGGACUCCCCUUCAACAUAGAAAGAGCUUCCUGCCCAUCCCUGCCCUGCCUCUGGAGAAAAGGGCUAGAGCUGCCUCUUACACCUGAAACCACUCUGAUGAGAAGGCACAGGAGACCCAGCACUGGAAUCAAAGUGGCAUUUUGCUUCCCCUUGAACGUUUUCAGGUUAUGCAUGACAUAUUGGGACAUAGGGUCACAAAGUCCCCACUGGUCACACCCAUCCCGUUCAGUAUUUAUUACCCUGUCUGUGACUACAGCUCUUUCUCCCUGCAAGGACCCGAGAAGGCAAUGAAGGGUACAAGCAUGUACCAUGAGGUCUCACUACACAAAGCAGGGCUGCUGCUCCUGUCCAUACAGCUACUUGGUCCCAGCCCAGGGAGGUACUCAGCAGCCCUUCCUCACCCCUGGCCCCAUGAGCCUGCAGCCACGGGCAGCAGAGGAGGGCUGGAGUGAGGAGGAAGCCUCGAGUCCACGGUUUUUUUUACCCCCACAUUCAGCCUGGUACACACUAGGUACAGGAGAAGAAUAGUUCCCAACUUAAUCACACCAAGGUACCUAUUUAUCCUUCAUGGAGUAUGAAAUCUGCAAGCUCCAUAGGAACUCGAAGAUGAGGGCAAAACCACGAUCCAAGAAGCAGAGAAAAAAAGGUAGACCAAGUCACUGCUGUUGAUUUAGGGACCUCAACUGUGGGUUUGAUUCUCUUAGAACAAACAGAAGGACAGUUGACCUACCACUACCUUGCCUGUCACUGCUCAGUUCUCUGCUGCACCUGCUGGGAGCUGCACAGACAGCGCGAGAGCCGGAGCCGGCAGAAGAAGAGCUGGGGGAGUGACCCUUUCUGUCACUACUGGAAAGUUAGUUACUCAUGCCACAGGGAGAAUGGGCUGGAUAGUCUCUCAUUUUAGGACUUGUAAGGUUAUUACUAUUAAGCCUGGAGCUUUGAUAGUUAUAAGAGGUUAAUAGUGCCUACAGAGUCACUCAGCUCUUUUUCCAGGGCAACUCUCCCAGCAGCGGACGUUCCUACUUCCUUUGGGUCUUGUCUCUCCCUGGAAUGUCCACAAGCAGCAGGUGUAGCCAGUCUCCCCACAGCUGCUGAAAGGAACCCUGGUGACAUCUCUGUUCUGAGCACCAGGAACUGGCCUUCCCCGGUGUGAGCAGGCUUCCAGGGAACACGGAAUCCACAUGACCUUAAGAUUACCUACAACUCCGUCAUGGUGCUGCUGUCUUCCAGGCUCACCGGUCCCUCCCUGGCCAGCGGCAGGGGCCUCCUCACCAAUGGUAGAGUUUAUUUUCAACAACCUGUUUAUUCAAAGAAAGAGUUUAUUGAUUCCCCCGUUGGUGUUCCUAAAGCAAGAGUGGCAGGUGAUCAGGGCUGGUGUAGCAUGCAGUUCUUACAGUGCAGCUAAUUGCAUUUGUCACUGAUGACCAAGGAGGAAAUAAAUCACUAAGAUGUUUUGGAAGUGGUGGUAUGAAUACUUUCAUACAAGCUACAGUUUUGAGCCUUAACCCUACAGUACACGCACAAGAAAGAGCCCCCUUCUUCAGGAACUGCUUGUGCACAUGGGCACUGUGUAGCUGGAUACAUUACUGACUGCCCUCUGGAACUCGGAGCUUCAGCCAGUCUGCCCUGAUGCAAGGUGCAGGUGUUGAGCAUCAUCAAAGAGGGCAGAAGAAGGUGAGGAACAAUGUUCGGUCCAGAUAGAAGCAUCCACUGUGGCUGGUAUCCGCUUAAGUAAAAACUGGAUUCAUCUUGGACCAGAUUAUACUUUUCUGCAAUUAGUAAAAUCUACUUGUAGGUGGUACAAACCCCCUGCACACCCCAGCUGGCCUGUGCUUGCCCUGGCUUUUCUUCAGAGGCAGGGUGGGUUAUAUUCGUGUUACCAAUCCCCCUUCACCAAAUUAUUAUUCAGUAAGUGAAUAUGGUUCCUCUCUAAAAGUCUGUGAUGCCUACUCCCCCAUCCCCAGAGCACCUCACUGUAGGUCUUACCCCAGACAGGAAUUUUUCAUGCAGAGAAGUCAGGAAGAGCCAUAGAACGUGAGCAAUCUGAUAUCCUCCAGCCCAUUAUAUAGGCAAAGUUACUGAGCUAGGAGGAGUAUAAACGAUGUAUUGAACAAGACUUACUUGAGCCGAGAUCGCCAUAUUCACUUCAUUCACAAAGCAGCCUUCACUUGUCUCGUUGAGCAUUCAAUGGACACAUACCCUGAUGAGCAAGGAGCAUCAGUCAAAUGUAUUCUUUCCACGUUUUGUUGAAAUAAACCUCCACAUUUGUAGAAGAGUCCCUGUUUGUCAUUUCGACCCACGCCCAGCCACCGCAUUCAUGUUCUACUUUAAGCGGGGAGCUUUCAGCACUGGUAGGCUGAGCCGCUGCUCUGCUGCUAAAAGCUGAGCCAUUAUAGUGACAGAACAGCAUGCAUGCAUUGCUUCUGCAAAGUGACAUCUUUGAGAGACUUGGAGGCUUUUCAGAUACACAUACCCUUGAUGACCUGGGCAGUUUCAGGGGUGUUCUUAAAAGGAACAUGAAGAUUUGAACCUCUUGGUUUACAUGAUUUUGUGGGAUUUUCUGGGUCAAGUGAAUAGUGAACCAUAUUCAGAGCUCACCUCAGGUCAGUUUUAUGGAGAGGUAGAUUUCUCUUAAUAAUUUAGCUGCUUAAUGGAUUUUGAAUGCUAACUUUGGGCACAAAAAGGCACCAGGAGCAGGAAGCUCAUGCUUGUGUACCUUCAACCCUCUGCCUCUGUUUCUCUCUAAAUCCAUGUGGUUGAAGCAAGAACAAACACCAGUCCCCAAACAUUUGCAAAGAAAAGUGGAGGCCACAAGAGAUCAGGAAGGGGAAGCACUGGCCUUUGCUAAUUAUUAAACUCGGCAUGGUGUGUCUGUCUCUCUGGGAUGUUUAGCAAAGCAAAGGGUGUUUUUUUUCUAAAAUGAAAUGUUUAUUUUAAAUAUACUUUAUAUAUAUUUACUUUAUACAUAUACAUAAUAUGUUGUAAGUAUACAUCCAUUUGAAUCACCCUAAGGUAGAAGUUCUUAGAGAAGAAGGGAGAUCCAGGAGGAAAAUUGCUACUCUUUGCCUCCAGCUGCCGCAGGGAAUCCUGGUCAGCACAGAGGCCUUGAGCCUUCUUUCCUCCUCCCUAAGCAGGCAGAUCAGAAGCAGACCCCAAGAUGUGAACUUUAAGCUGUCCUUGUUCUCUGGUGCUUCUGGGAAUGGUCAGCAGGAAGAAUGGGAAAAGAUUCUGCUCCUGCCUCUGGGAACUUGUCUGACACAUACAGUGCUUUCUUUUGUAGGGGAGUGCUAUUUCUUUCACUGGUCUUUUUCAUAAAAUUUAAAACCUCCACUGGUACUACUGGAAUUGUGAGAAAAGCUUGAACAGCAGGGAUUCUGUGAUCUAGCCCAGGCCCACCUACAUUUCCCCAACUGAAAAACAAGGACACAGGGAUGAAUACAGGUGUCUAAUGACCAUCACGGAGGACCCUAACAGUGCUCCUUCCAAUGUGUAGGGCUUGGUGAGAAGCCUGAAGAGGAACUGAGCUGGGAAGUGAACAUUCACGCCAAUGCUAGACUUGACCUGGGCAGAGGAAGGGCACCAGUUGAGUCUGCCUGAUCUACAAAGUAGGGCAGAAAGUAGUAAGGGCCACAUGAGUGGUAUGGACAAUUAAGGGCUGAAGCCUCCUGGUAGAGAGCAGUUUCCAGAUGGGAAAAGAAGGCAAGGUGUCUCAAGUCAGGGCACACACAUUUGCCAGGUUAUGAAGGGACACUUCCUAGUUGGAAAGGAACAGCAUUGCUCUGGGGGAGGAUGAACAAUGAUAUGUGAAAAAAGCAGCUGACAGACCAUGAAUUUAAAUGCUAGGCCAAGGAAGAAGAUAUGUCCUGGAGAGAGUGGGAAACUGUUGGUGGUCUGGGGCAUGGGAAGACCGGGUACAAAAGUUUAGAAAGCAGCAUAACAGUGAAAAGACCACCAGCUUGGAUGCCAAGAAAUCUAGCUUCAAGCCCAGUCCCAUGUGUGUAUGUCACUGAGCUGGGGGUCACCUAAGAUAGUAAGUCCAGGACACCCCAGGAGGCAUAGAGAUAAUAAACUGUCAGCUAUUUUCAAUACUCCAGAAAUCCCACGUGUCCUUAGGCAGCUAAGGCUCACCAUGAUCUCUGAAGACAGUUUUGCCAAGCCAGCUAGUACUGGCUACCUCAUCCUGGCCAGAAGUUCCAAUGGGCAGUUAAUGAUAAAUAAUGGGACCAGGACAUCAUCACAAAUGCAUGUUUGAGUAGGCAAAAUCUUCAAAACCAGGAUUCCCUGAGGUUGCAGGGGGUGGAAGGAACUGGGGGUGGGACAUAAUGGCACCUCAGCUCUGAAAGGACUCAGAACCACCCAGUGGGCUCUGCUCAUUGGGAACUGUAAGGAGAGGAAAUAGAGUGUAGUUCAGAGAUUGUUGUAUGACGGGCUUAAUCCCAUUCUGAUCCUGUCACUGGUUUUCUGGAGUGAGCAGGAAGGACUGGGAGUAAGGAGAGACCGAAAUAACUAACGACGUCCAAGCCCUGAAUUAGGAAAAAGCUAACAGAGCACUCUUGUCCGUGCUAACACAGAGAGAGAUUUUCGUAGCCACUUAAAAGAGCAUAGACUGGGGGCAUCUGGGUGGCUCGGUUGAGCGUCCAACUCUUGAUUUCCGCUCAGGUCAUGGUAUUGAAUCCCACAUCAGGCUCUGCACUGAGUGUGGAAACUUAAGAUUCUCUCUCUCCCCCUCCCUCCCUCUACCCCUCUCCCCUGCUCUCUAAAAUAAAAUUUUUAAAAAUUCUAAAAAUAAAAGCAUAGACUUUGGAAUAAGCCUGAGCUGUGUUCAAAUAUCCAGUCCCUCCCUCAUUCUUGUUCUUUGGAAAAGUUCCUGCCUCCUUAAUGUGUGAAAUAUGGAUAACAAAGAACUCAAAGGGGCUUUUUGAAAAAUUAUCUUAAGUCAGUUGAUAUGAACCAAGCAGUGAGCAUUAGUAGCAAAUUCUCAGCAUAUGUUAGGGUUCUCCACGCUCUGCCCCUUCCUUGUGCUCACAAGAUAUGGGGCUUAUCAUCACUCUGGACUGUCCUCCUAAAGCUUUCAGAGAAACAUCCCCCCACUUACCUGAGCAGAAUCUAGGGAUUUUCUCCAGACACUGAGUUACAUGGACACUGAGCAAAAGUGUCAUUGAAGAGUAGUAUGGUCUGAAUGUCCCCCAAAAUUGAUGUGUUGAUAUGCAGCCCCUGUAUGAGAAGGUGGGACCUUUGGGUGGUGCUCAAGUCAUAAGUGUGAAGCCUUCAUGAAUAGGAGUAGUGCCUUAUAAGAGGAUCCAAAGAGAUCCUUCCCUUUUCCAUCAAGUGAGGAUACAACUUAAAGUCAGGGAUCCCAGGAGAGAGCCCUCGCCUGACCAUAUUGGCAUUCUAAUCUCAGACUUCCAUUUUGUUGUGGCAGCCCAAAUGAACUAAGACAAAAAACUGGACCAGGAUGGUGCUGCCAUUCAAACCUAAAAAUGUGGGUAAGGAGAGAAAGUACCUCAACAUAAUAUAAACAUAUGGCAAGCCCACAGCUACCAUUAGACUCAACAGUGUAAAACUGAAAACUUUUCUUCUAAGACCAGGAACAAGAUAAGGAUGCCCACUCUUAAUGCUUUUAUUCAAUGUAGUAUUAAUGUACAACAUGGUGACUACAGUUGAUAACACAGUCUUGUAUAAUUGAACUUUCGGAAGAUGGUAGAACUUAAGUGUCUUCACGUACAAGAAAAGUGAGGCGAUGGAUGUGUUAAUUGAUUAAAUGGAGUGAACCCUUUCACAAUGUAUACGUGUAGCAAAUCACUACAAUAUACACUUUAAAUAUCUUACAAUUUUGUAUGUCAAUUAUGCUUCAAUAAAGUUGGAUUUUCUUUUUUAAACUGA